GGAGCAGGAGGAGCUGACGGUUCGCAGACGUGUUCUCCUCAUGCCUCCACCUCGCAGGGUGUGUGCGUGAAGCCGCGUGAAUCUGCGUGAAGCCGCGUGAAUCUGCGUGAAGAGGCUGCGUGAAGAGGCUGCGUGCGUCGGAGCUGAGACGUCUCCAGCCGCUUCACCUCAAUCCGCUCUGCGCAAACAGCCGCUGAUCGUCAGUGGAGAAGAUCGAUGCUGGGAAGACAUUUGUUUUAUUAUCAUCAUUAGAACCAAAUCUGCUGGAAGCGACGAGACCGAGCUGUGUCCAUCCGGAGAGAGAGAGAGAGAGAGAGAGAGAGAGAGAGAGAGAGAGAGAGAGAGAGAGAGAGAGAGAGAGAGAGAGAGAGAGAGAGAGCUUCAGAUCCAGCAGAGAUGGCGAAGGCAGAUCAGCGUUUCGGCCAGCGGGACGGCUCCGACCAGAACUUUGACUACAUGUUCAAGCUGCUGAUCAUCGGAAACAGCAGCGUGGGGAAGACGUCCUUCCUGUUCCGCUACGCCGACGACUCCUUCAGCAACUCCUUCGUCAGCACCGUGGGAAUCGACUUCAAGGUGAAGACGGUGUACCGCAACGACAAGAGGAUCAAGCUGCAGAUCUGGGACACGGCCGGCCAGGAGCGAUACCGCACCAUCACCACGGCCUACUACCGCGGCGCCAUGGGCUUCAUCCUCAUGUAUGACAUCACCAACGAGGAUUCCUUCAACGCCGUCCAGGACUGGGCCACUCAGAUUAAGACGUACUCCUGGGAUAACGCCCAGGUGAUCAUGGUGGGCAACAAGUGCGACAUGGACGAGGAGCGGGUCGUGCCCCCGGAGAAAGGAAGACAUCUCUCCGAGCAGCUGGGCUUCGAGUACUUCGAGGCGAGUGCGAAGGAGAACAUCAACGUGCGGCAGGUGUUCGAGCGCCUGGUGGACAUCAUCUGCGUGAAGAUGUCGGAGCGCGUGGACGUGGAGGUGCCCACGGCCGCCGGCGCCAAGACCACCAGACUGACCGACAAGCCGGCCCAGCUGCCUCAGAAGUGCUGCUGAUCGUCUGUGGCCUGUCGCCUCCCCUCUGCCAACCACCCC